AUGAGCUCGUUUGCGCCGCCUGCCGUGUUCUCUGACUCCGGGAGGCAGCGUUCCUCUUGCCACUUGGUGUCUCCUCCAGAUCCGCUCGUGAAGCCGCUGCUGUCCGAGUUUCUUCCUCAAAGUGCUUCGCGCUCCCGUGCCUCUUCGCGGCCUGACGACCCUCCCGCCUUUCCUUCUUCAGCCUCUACGAGCUCUUUCUCUUCUCCUGCUGCGAGUCUCCCCCCGCCGCGAAGCCCCCAGACGCCAGGCGACGCCGUGUCUCUGCCGUCGGCCUGUAUUCCGUUUCCUGCUCGCAGUCUCGCCCAGCUGUGGAGGAAGAAGUCGAGCGGCGACAGCAGCGGGUCUGCCUCCUUCGCGUCCUGUCUCAUGAGGAAACUCUGGUCGGCUACCGCCAUGAGGGACGACAGCGCGCUGGAGUGCGGGGACAGCCAUACCCCACCUGCAGAGAGGCUCGGCAGGCAGGGCGUCGAUCUCGCCAGCGACGGGCGAGAGGCCUCGCGGGGCCAAGAGGCCGAGAGAGGCGAACUGAGCCGGAUCGUUCUUCUCUCGGAAUCUUCGUCUGCUUCGGCGCCUCGCAGUCGACGAGAACAGGCCGACAGUUCCGGCGCCUGUUCUGAAGCUGCGCGGGCCACACAGACGACCCACGCGGGGCCGUGGUGGCAAACCCGCGAAGGCGAGAGGGACCACGAACGCCGCCCGGGAACGGACGUCGAAGCCUCGCGAGAAGACGAGAGUGAAGAAGCGGGCGAAAGAGAAGAUAUGGAAGAAGUCCUUGAAGGGCCAGAAGACGUGAAUGAGUUCGAGGAAGCACCGGACUUCUUCACUGAAUUUGUCGAUGUCCCUGACGACGAUGAGGACCAGGGGGAAGAGGGCGGAAGGCAUGUUUCUCCCUCACCUCCUGCACGACUCUCGCGGCUACAUGAAAGCGAUACUUUUUCGCUUUCGACCGCGACUUCCGGGGCGCGUGCGCCUCGCGAGACCCUGCGAGGACGCGAACAAAAGACCGAACAUGUGGAAGAUGCGCGAGCGCGAGAACAAGGUCGUACGCCCCUGGCGUGUGCGCAAAUGCCUGCCUCCGCCCGCAGUUGCUCGCCUGCGCCUGCUGCCCCGCGGCCGUGGAUAGGUACGCGUUGCGAGUCGCCGGCAGCACACUCCGCGUUUGGCCACAGCGUUCCGCAGUCCUCAACUUCCGCCUCUGCCCCGUUUUCCGCUUCCUCCGGCUCUCCAGGUCGCGUGCCCGUCCACCUGCCGUCUCCCGAACCCCGCCCAAGUUCUGCGGAGCUUCCGACGCCGCACGCGCCUCUGUGCGGGAGCGGGCCGGAGACGGAGGUGGCGACGUCGGCGGCUGCGCCUCUUCUUUUUGGAGAGAGGACCGAGGCGAAGAAAGGACAGGGGCGGAGGCUAUUGAGCAUCUCACCCCAGCAAGCGGUCUUGCCCCCUCUUUUCGAGACAAACAUCGGGAUCGACCGGCCAGCUCUGGAGACGGGGCAAACGCCCGUUUCAGGACAUCGGUUUCCCCAACAGGGGGACGACGGUAACUCUCUGGUGGCUCGACUGUUGCUUCCCUCCCCCUCGCCUUCCUUACCACUUGCUCCAGAAGCGCCUGCUUUCUCCUCGAACGGUGCGACAGGUUCUAGCCGUCUCUCGUGCGCCCAGUCGUCAUGUGGUACGUCUGAGUGUUCCGAGGACGACUCAGCCGCCGAGGAGGCCGCGUCGGCGCGCUCUUUCUGGUCGUGUUUCUCCUUCGUCCCCUUCUCACUCACGUGUCUUUCUUCCCCCUGUUUUCUUCUCUCCACCCAGCUCCUCUCGACUUCUCUGCGCGGUUUGUCUCUGCGCUCGCCGACCCCCUCGAGUGCCGACUCCCCUGUAUCGAGGGUCGGGGCGGUGGCCCGCCGUUCGCGUCUGCGUCGUUGCCUGGUUGCGGUCUUUGUCACUCUUCCCCUUGCGCUCCUCCUGCUCCCCCUCAACCUCGUUUUCCUUCUCGCGCAGCUGCUGCGGCGCGGCGUCGAGUUGCUCCUUCCGCCGCCGCUUCCCGCUCACUUCAGAUGGAAGAAGUUCGUCGCCUUCCUCGGCCCCGGCUGGCUCGUGGCGAUGGCGUACCUGGAUCCGGGAAACCUCGAAGGCGAUUUGCAAGCUGGAAGCAGAAGAGAAGAGCCUGGCAUUCUUCCGCCGGGCACGCCCGACCCCAAGGGACACGCCCUCCUGUGGGUUCUCUUGUGGGGCCACGCAGGGGGUUGGAUCUUUCAAGUCCUGGCCGCCAGGCUCGGAAACGCCACGGGCGUCGACCUAGCCACUCUCUGCAGGCGGCAAUACAGUCGGAGCGUCGCCUGGCUCCUCUGGGUCCUCACGGAGAUCGCGAUUCUGGGCGCCGACAUCCAAGCCGUGAUCGGUUGCGCGGUCGCCUUCAAUCUGCUCCUCGGGCUCCCUGUGUGGGUCGGGGUUCUCGUGACUCUCGUGGACUCGUUCACCUUCCUCUCCCUGAAUGCCGAGAGGACUCAGCAGCUGGAGCGGGUGUUUUCCUUCUUCAUCGGCAUCAUGGCCAUCGCGUUCGGCUAUACGCUUGUCCUUUCGAAGCCGUCUUUCCGCCUGAUUAUCCACGGCCUGGUGGCGCCUACGCUGCCCCGCACGCGCGCAGACGCCUUCGAUCUCCUCGCCCUCGUGGGAUGCAUCAUCAUGCCGCACAACAUCUUCCUCCACAGCGCUCUUGUCCUGACCAGAAAUGUCAAGAGAAGGCGACCCGACAAGGUGGCGGAGGCAAACUACUACUUCUCCCUUGAAGCUGCCCUCGCGCUCGCCGUCUCCUUCGUCUUAAACAGCUGCGUCUUGUGCGCCUUCGCAAAUCCCCGCGUGAAGACUCCGGAAGGCGAAGACCUCACCCUUUCCACCGCCCCCGAGGCUCUCCAGAGCGCCUUUGGUCAUGGCGCUCUUUACAUUUGGGCGACGGGGCUUCUUGCAGCUGGACAGAAUGCGGCGAUGGCCGGGACAUACGCGGGGCAGUUUGUGAUGCAGGGUUUUCUCAACCUUCAUUUCUCGCGCCCCGUUCGCCUCGUCCUCACGCGCUUAGUGACCAUCCUUCCCGUCGCCGUUCUGGCGGACCUCGACCAAGCCGUUGUCGAUUCGAUCUGUCGCGCGGUGAACAUUGCGCAAGCUUUUCUUCUUCCUUUCGCCCUCGUUCCGCUCCUCCUUUUUUCGGCCUCCCCCCGAGUGAUGGGGAAAUUCGCGCUCAACGGUUUGCGCUGGUUGGCCGUCUUUGCCCUGGCUCUUGUCGUCACAGCAGGGAACUUCGCGGUGGCGUUUUUUCAACUGUCCGCGCUCCAGCUGUCUCCGCAGCUCUGGAUCGCAGGGUUCACUCUCCUCCUGCUGUAUGCCGCUGUUCUUAUCCUUAUCGCUCGGCAAAAGAUUCGAGGAGUCUUCUGCGUCUACCUCCUUGGCGCUGCAAGGCAACGACCAGAGAGAGGAAGCUUGGAAGGAGAAGGCGUGGAAGAGAGGGGAGGAGACGCGACCGAAAGACUCCGAGGAAAUCCGCUAGCAUCCGCAGGACACGCGCAAGAUAUUUCCGUCCUUGGAGACGCCAGCAUUGUGCCUGUCUCCUCGGGGACAGAUGGGGAGGGACCGUAG